CCGCACGCCGCCGACGCCCGACGGUGAGCCGCGCAGGCGCGCAACCACCCGCUACGCCCUCUCUUCUCGCCACCCAAGCGGCGAGUCAGCAGCGACGCCCGCCGCCGCCGCCGCCGCCGCCUCCUCACGUCACGCCCGUCCGCAGCAAGUGGAAAUGGCGGCGCCGGUGCCGGAGUGGGCUACCAAGGAGCCCUGCCUCAUGGGGAUCGACGAGGCUGGCCGUGGCCCUGUCCUUGGUCCUAUGGUGUAUGGAUGCAUGUACUGCGCACGCUCUUACAAUAACACUCUUGCCACUCUCAAAUUCGCAGAUUCUAAGACCUUGAAGGAGGAACAAAGAGAGGAGCUAUUUGAAAGUUUAAAAGUCAAUAGCUCUAUUGGGUGGGAAGUGGAUGUCAUAUGCCCAAAGGAUCUAUCUGCUAAAAUGUUAAGAAAGUCAAAAGUUAAUCUCAAUGAAAUAUCACAUAACUCUGCCAUGGGCCUUGUUAGAAAACUGCUUGACAUGGGAGUUCUACUGGCAGAAGUAUAUAUAGAUACAGUGGGAGAUCCUGAAAAGUAUAGGAUCAAGCUGACAGAAAAGUUUCCAGGAAUCAAAUUUGUGGUUGCCAAAAAGGCUGAUAGCCUUUACCCUGUUGUUAGUGGAGCAAGUAUAGUUGCAAAGGUCACUAGGGACAGAGCCUUGCGAAAUUGGGUGUUUGAUGAAACAGCUCUGAAUAUGCACAUGAAAACUGGAUCAGGAUAUCCAGGAGACACUGAUACUAAGCAAUGGUUACAAGAUCACAAGCACCCAGUGUUUGGCUUCCCAACUUUAGUUCGUUUUAGCUGGGGAACUUGCACGCCCUUCUUCAAGGAUGCAGUUGAGGUUACAUGGGAGUCUGAUGAAGUUGACGAAGAUGGGACUGGCAAUGGAAGCACCAAGCGACAGGUGAAGCUUUCAAGCCUAGGCUUUACUGGUUUCAAAAGGAAGACUGAGGAGAUUGAAUCGAGUGGAAAAGGCCGCUGCAAAUUCUUCCAGGCUCGCAAACUCGAGUUGGUCAGGAAGUUCCAGUGAUGUGUGCUGAUUCGGUAGUACUAAUGUCUGUUGUAGAGACUAGAGUGUACCCUUUUGGAGCCUGAUUUUUGGUACCUGAUUUGAAACUGGUAGUAAUUGUUUGUUGAGAUUGGAAUGGAAGAUGCUGGUUUCCCCCUAUUGCUACCUCUGCCUUUGCAGAUGUACAGAUAUUUACAUCUUCGCAUUCAGUAGUGCGCAUCCAAGAAUCCAACA